AUGAGAAAGAUUUCUUCUUUUGGAAAUGUGCAGACGAUUGCAGGUGGAAUUGGUGAUAAGGGACCUGCAAUCAAUGCCAAACUCAGAACUGUCUAUUCCAUGAAAAUACUUGGAGAUUACUUGUACUUUUCUGAUACUCUGUACAAGAUUCGUAAAAUUUCACUUUCGACUGGACUUAUUGAUUCAGUUGUUGGUGGUUAUGUGAAUGGAUAUAACGGAGAUAACCUAGCAAAUCAAACCAAUAUUAGAACUGUUCUAGAUAUGCAAUUUCAUAACAAUGAACUCGUUUUUGCCGAUACCAUUAACUUUAGAAUAAGAAAAACAAGUUUAUCUGAAAUGGGAAUGGUUACAACAAUUGCUGGUAAUGGUUCAACAACUUUAACCUCACUAAUCGAUAAUGUACCUGCUACUUCUGCUUAUUUGAAAGCACCAGCUUCUGUUGCUUUCCUUUCGAAUGGUGAAAUGAUUAUUGCUGAAAGACAAGGACAUGUUAUUCGAAAGGUUGAUUUGACUGGACAGAUUUCAUUGAUUGCAGGAUCAUUCUUACAAUUAGGAUUGAACGGUGAUUCUUCCAAUGCAAAGAUAUCUUUACUCAAUGAUCCAUUAAGUUUGACAGUUUUGAAGGGCGACAGAAUUCUAUUUGUCGAUAGAGGAAAUAAUAGAAUUAGAAUGCUAACACCAUACUGUAAAGAUUCAGGAUACUUCCUUACUCAAUCCUCUCAAGGAAUGAUUUGCAGUAACCAGACAACAUGCUUUGGUUUUGCCGAAACUGAUUCGAAAGUUUGUUCUGGAAAUGGAAUUUGUCAAUCUUUUAAUAAUUGUGCCUGUAAGGUUGGCUACAUGGGAUCUGAUUGUUCUACCCCAAAUAUUUGCACAGUAUUGACCAUUGCACAUAUUUGCACUUCUCCAAUUUUCAAUGCUCCAGAAACGUUGAUUACACCAGUUUCGGAUAUCACUCUAUUGAACUCCAGAAAUAUUGAGCUACCAUCUGUCAAAAUUAACCUACCUCCAACAAUGUCUGUAUAUCUGGAAGGAAUUGAUCCUUCAUUGAAGAAUGAGGAAGUUGUUGUGUUGAGCUCAUUAUCAACCACAACCAUAUCAUCAGAAACUUUGGGAUUUGUUUCGCCAAUUGUUUCUUCUGUGAUUGCUAAAGCAAACUCUGGACAGAAAAUACCAGUUCAAAACCUUGCAGAUCCAGUUGCCAUACUCUUCGAAAAUUUGACUAUUUCCAACAAUGAAAAUUUGAAUGUUUCCUGCAUAUAUUUCGACGAAACUGCAAAGGAAUGGAAAUCAGAUGGAAUUGAGACUAAAACUUCAACUGACAAGGCAGUUUCAGUAACUUGUAACACAUACAGUCUUGAACGUUCCAUUGUUGUCAUUGAUCAAAAUUAUAAGAAGGAAUCACCUUCUAAAGGUUCUGGAGUUGUGACAGAUAAUUCUGCAGUCUUAAUUGGAGCUAUUGUGGGAAGUAUUGGUGGAUGUUGUGUUCUGCUUAGUGUCCUGAUGAUAAUUAUUGUUGUAAUUGCUUUGGUGUUAAAGAGAAAGAGAACAACAAACAAAUUAGAUGAUUUAUAA